AGAUGGCCUAGGUUUACCUUGGCGCAAGUAGCGAGAACUCGGCACCAUUAUUUUGGUAUCCUGGUGGCGGCAUUUGCGAUGCUUUUUUCCAGGAAUUAUACUCGAUGUGUACAACGGGUACUCUGUUCGGCGAUGUGCUGCCGUUAGCUGAGGUGAGACGAUGUCCACCUACUUUGCCAAGAACAAACGGUGAGCCUUAUUCAUUAUUCCGCAAAGCGUAGUCUGGAACGAGCUAAGCGGAAAGUGUUACGAUAAUGUCUCCCGGGUCCACAAUAGACCCCUACUAUGAGCGCAAGCUCUUCGUAGUGUUUAUAUUGGUAUUCGCAAUACAUGUACCUGAGGCCGUUGGAAGGAAAAAAGUAAACACUAAAUGCCCAGCCCUAAGACGCUGUUUCUGCUCGCGGUUGGCAUACGGCGCUGCGGUCAAAUGUAAGGGCACUUUAGUAGAUGAUGAAUUUCAUGCGGACAUGGAAAACCUACAAGGAGUCCUCGUCAGGAAGAUGAACUUGGAGAACCUCAAUAUCACCGAGCUGCCGGCCUCCUGGUUUACCAACAACGUUAUUUUCUCGCUACGAAUCCAUAAUUGUGGUUUACGCCACAUCGGGGAAGCGGCCGCACGUCACAUGACGAGGUUGUUUUCUGUGCGACUGAACGGAAAUGAACUGCAAAGUGUUCCUCUUGGUUUGACUGCUGCAAAGAGUCUUCAAGUACUCGCCGUACAAAGGAACCCCAUCAAGCAUCUUCAAGGACAGCUCACUUUUCCCGAACUAACCAAUCUGGAUAUCAGCUACAACGAAAUAGAGACAAUCGACGAGGAAUAUCUAUCUGGCUUACCCAAACUCCAAUAUCUGACCUUGUCGCACAAUAAUAUUCACAAGUUAUUGCCAAACCUUUUCAGGGAAACAAAAUUGCUGAUACAAGUGGAACUUCAUGAUAACCGCAUUUCUUCUGUUGAAGAAGUGUUCAAUGACCUGCCCAAAUUAGAGGUUCUUCUUCUCACACAGAACAAGAUCAGUGAUGCGAAAAGCAUAACAAGAUCCACGUUGCCAAAUCUGAAGGAACUCGCGCUUGGACAGAACUUGAUUAAUGUCAUUACCAAGUUUUCAUUUUGGAACUCUCGAAUUCAACGUGUCACCUUCAGCCAUAACGUCGUGACCGAUAUAAUGCCUGGAGCUUUCAAGCUACUUCACAAGUUGACCAAGCUAGACCUAAACAAUAAUAGAAUUUCGUACUUAAACGACUCUUAUUUUGCUCCUGAUUCUAUUCUCGAACACAUAGACUUGUCUAUGAAUAGGCUAACGACAUUUUCGAACGUAUUCAAUAGGACGCGAAGGAUUAAGGUAUUGAAACUGUCGUUCAACCUGAUUCUGGACAUCAGCGUUGCCUUCAGUGGCCUGACCGAGCUCCGCGAGCUCUACUUGAAGAGCAAUCUAAUUUCUAGCAUUCCAGAUCGCACUUUUCAAGACAACAUUCGCCUAAUACGCAUCGACUUGGCUUCAAACAAUAUCAGCUGGAUUGCAAGGAACGCAUUCGAGGGCCUUUUGUCUUUAACAAUAUUGCGCCUCGACAGCAACCGACUCUUUUCUCUCAACGGUUCAGUGAGAAAUCUGCCCAAGUUGCAAUAUCUGGGGGCGUCUUUCAAUGAGAUAUUGAGCUUGGAAAGAGGCGAGUUUGGAAACAACGGCGCUUUGACGGCCAUUUAUCUCAAGGCGAACAACAUCACCAACGUGGAGCGGGCUUUCAUCGGAGCCACCGGUUUGCUUACCUUGAACCUAGACUAUAAUGAAGUGGAGCUCCUCCGGAGAAGGGACUUCGCGCUGGAAAUCUCGGACGAUGCAGUGGUGACCAUUGACAGCAACCCUUUGAUCUGUGACUGCAGGCUGGUUUGGCUUAUGAAAGAGGACACUGAUAUUCGGACAAUAGGAAUGGCGAUGUGCGGGAAACCAUGGUGGCUAAAAGGAAAAUAUCUGCGCGAAUUAACGCAGGAAGAUUUCUUCAGGUGGGAAGAUGAGUGCGAGCCCGGAUGUCGUUGCGUAUGCCAUGAAGUAUCUUACGGAGGGCGAGAAAUUCAUGCGAAUUGCUCGUCAGCGACUGCCGGCAAAAUUCCGAAGAUGCUGCCAGAAGGCACGACACAACUGGACCUCAGUGGAAACCAACUGCGAGACUUGGAUGACACUGUCAUAAAAACAGCUCCUCAUCUCGAAGUGCUAUUGCUGAAAGACAAUGUCUUGUCGAGUGUAAACGUGGCCUCCAUUCCACAUAAAGUACAUUCCCUCGACUUACGCGGCAACAAGCUGCAACGUUUACCAUACUCGCUGGUCACACAACUAAACCUUACUGCUAUCUGGCUGUCUGGCAACCGCUACGCCUGCGAGUGCGUGGACUACAGCUUUAGACUGUGGAUUCAAGCUCAUGGCAACAUCGUUCGGGAUGCCAGAAAUAUAAUGUGUGCAAGAAGCUCCAACCUUUGCGUGUCAGAAAAAAAAUUUCUCAACUUGGGCCAGAAAGACCUCUGCCCGGCGGCGAUACCAAGAGGAGUGCUGUACCUCCUGCUGGCUUUCGGUCUCCUGGCGAUCCUACUGGUGCUGUCGGCCGCUUAUCUGCGCUACAAACAGGUGCUGAAGAUAUGGCUACAUGGUCACGGCGUGUGGGGUUUGGCGUGGUGCAUCGCAGAGGAUGAGCUGGACACGGAGAAACUCUUUGAUGUGUUCGUGUCGUUCAGCAGCAAAGACGCCGACUGGAUACACGAGCAAAUCAUUCCGGGACUGGAGGCCAAUGGCUUCUCCUACUGCACUUACGAGCGCAACUUCAAGGGCGGAUACCUUCUGCAGGACAUCAUUCGCGAUGCUAUGACCUGCUCACGGCGAACACUUCUUGUUCUCACACAGAACUUCGUGGCGAGUGAGUGGUGCCGCUUGGAGUUCCGGUUGGCACACCAGCGUGCUCUGAAGGACAACGUCAAUCGGCUUGUCAUUGUCCUUGUGGAUGAGCUGGUGCCUGGUAAACUCGAUGAAGACCUGCGGCGGUACGUGCAUGCAACGAAUUACCUGCGUUGGGGUGAGCCAAACUUCUGGGACAAGCUGCUGCACUCACUGCCCACGAAAGAAGCCAAAAGAAAGCUCAUCAUCGAGGGAAUACCAUCGCAGCUGACCGCAGACAGCACUGGCGAUAUGGAGCUUGAAUAGCUUUUGAGAUGCAGCCAUACAAUGAAGCUAAUACGAUGAUGGAAGGUACACAAAACACACUGAGCAACGUGAUGCAGCGUCAUCUUUGUCAUCUCGAGUACUCAUCAGUCAUAAUCAUAAAGG